AUGAGCAAACGAAAAAGCAGCAUUACGGAUUUCUUCACGAAGGCAUCCAAUAAAAAAUCACAUGAUGAUUCUGCAAGUUGCUCCACUCAGUCUGAGCCUUUGCUUCAGCAGGCGGUGUCCGCUGCAGAAACUACAUCAGUCAGUGAAUCGGCUGUAGUGGACAUGGUUACUGAUGUGGCUGAAGAUGCCGAUGUCAGUGAUAACAUUCUUCCAGAAUGUUGGGACCAGAAUCAGUGGCUAGAAUUUAAAAAAAGUACCCUUGGCUGUUUGUAGACAAUGGUCUUUUAGGGUGCAAAGUGUGUCGCGAGGUUAAACACCUUGGAGUGUCUGUUUCACAGGGUGUAUCCAUUUCUAAAGAAUGGACCACUGGUACAAUUACACCAUAUGGCAAAACAAAAAAAGAUAUGUUGACCUCACUACGUAAAAAAAUCCACAUACAUAAGAUUUCAGAAGCACAUGUAAAGGCAGGAGAUAUCCAAGCAGUAUCCAGAAAGGAGAUUCUGCAAUCCAAUAUUGCUGAACAGCAGAAGCAUAAGUUUGCGUCCACUACUAAGGUAUUUCGCACUGCCUACUUUUGUGCGAAAAAAAAUCGCCCUUUCACAGACUUCAGAGAUCUUAUCAGCUUGCAGGUUGCAAAUGGAGCUGACUUAGGAUGUAUUCUCCAUAGUGAGUACACAGCAGCACAAAUAAUAGAUUGCAUUGCUAGUGAAAUGAGAAAAAAGCUUUGCAAAGCAAUUGUUGAGCAGGCUCCAAAAAUUUCUGUUUAUAUUGAUGAGUCUACAACAGUUUCUACCCAUUCAGUGUUAAUAGUUUAUAUUCGUGCCUCUGUUAACGGAAAAGACCCAGUCACUUUCUUUCUUGAUUUGCUUGAUUUGCCUAAAGCAGAUGCACAGUCUAUUGAAGCCACUCUUCUAGCUUGUCUUUCUAAAUUUGGGUUCAGUAAUGACUUUCUUGACGAGAACUGGAUUGGGGCUUGCAGUGAUGGUGCAAGUGUAAUGCUUGGAAGAAAGUCGGGUGUUCUGGAACGACUCAGUCAAAAUAUCCACAGAUUGUGA